GCAGCUAGUUCGUAAACAAGAAGCCAUGAGACGGUCGUUUAGUUUAGUAUUUGCCAUUUUAUUGGCAUCUGCAAAUGCCUCCGAAAGAACUCGUAGAAGCUACAGCGGUGGCGGAGGUGGCGGCGGGGGAGGAGGAUUUGGCUUCGGAGGCGGCGGUGGGUUUGGAUUUGGAGGCGGCGGCGGCGGUGGUGGGGGUGGAAUAGGUGACUUUGGAAGUGGUCUAGAAGUCAUCCGCGAUGGUGUACAUGGCAUACUUGGAAAAGUUCACGAAGGCUUCAGCCACCUCGGAGGUGGCCUUAGCGGGAACGUGGGUGGUGGCGGUGGCCUUGGCGGUGGAAUUGGUGGUAGUAGUAGUGUACGAGGAAGUAGUGGAGAAGGCCUAGGAGGAGGAAAUGAAAGAACUAUAUAUACGACAUCUGACGAUGGAAAGUCUGGUGGCUUUGCUUUUACUGGUACCACGGGGAACGGCGGAUAUGGUGGUGGCGGCGGUUACAGCAGGGGUGGAAGUGGCUAUGGAGGUGGAGCUGGAUUUGGCGGCAGUGGUGGUGGUGGACUAUCAGCGGGAGCUGGCGGCAGUGGAAAGGGAGGCCAUAACAGUGGAAGAGGAGGUUUCAGUGGCAGUGGUAGUGGAUCUGGCGGUGGUUUCAAUAGUGGUCUAGGCGCUGGAAAUGGUGGAUCUGGUGGUCUAGGAGCUGGCUAUGGGGGAUCUGGAGGACUAGGCGGAGGAACAGGUGGUGGCUUCGGAGGUGGCAUUGGUGGAGGUCUAGGCGGCGGAUUUGGUAAAGGGUCUGGAAGCAAUGAAAAAGGAAAUUAUGGCAGUGGAGGAGUCAGCAGUGGCUUUGGAUCUGGUGGUGGCCUCGGAGGAGGUAGUGGUUUAGGCGGCGGAAAUGGUGGCUCUGGAGGUCUAGGCGGCAGUCAUGGAGGAUCUGGAGGGUUAGGAGGAGGAUCAGGUGGUGGCUUCGGAGGCGGCGUUGGUGUAGGCGGUGGAUUGAGUGGAGGGUCCGGAAGUACCGAAAAAGGAAUCUAUGGCAGUGGAGGAACAAGUUUCGGCAACACUGGCAGUGGAUCUGGCAGUGGCUUCGGAGGAGGUAGUGGUUCAGGCGGUGGAACUGGUGGCUAUGGAGGACUGGGUGGUGGCUAUGGAGGAUCUGGAGGACUAGGAGGAGGAUUAGGUGGCGGCUUUGGAGGUGGCAGUGGAGAAGGCUUAGGCGGAGGAACUGGUGGAUUUAACGGUGGGAACAGUGGCGGUGGAUCUGGAAAAUAUGGAGGAGGAUCUGGUGUCGGAGGUGGCUUUGGAGGUGGUCAUGGUGGUUCAGGAGGUCUCGGAGGAGGCCAUAGCGUGUCAGGAGGUUCUGGAGGAGGAGUUUCCGGUGGCUUCGGUGUUAGUGGAUCUGGUGGUUUGGGAAUCGGCGGUGGUGGCGGUGCUGGCGGAGGCCUAGGAAAUGGUCACGGAUCAGGAGGUUUUGAUGCGGGAAAUGUAGCCAGUGGCGGAUAUGGUGGUGAUAUUGGCGGAUCUAAAGGAUAUGGAAGCUCAGGUUCCGGAAGUAGUUCAGGAGGUUGUGGAGGGGGCUGUGGUGGAUGCAGAACUGGCUCUUGUGGUGGACAUGGAGGUGCAUUUGCUUCAGCGAAAGCUUCUGCAUCAGCAAGUGCUAGCGCUAGUAGUUACGGAAAAUGGCACAGUCCAACAAUGACUAGGAUUGCUAUAGUUUGUGUGGGCCUCGCGGUUUUCGCUAUCGUUCAAGCGACGCCAGGUGGUUAUGGCAAAGGGGGAAACAGCGGUGGAGGUGGAUUAGGCGGUGGCGUCGGCGGCGGUAGUGGACUUGGGAGUGGAGGUGGAGGUGGCUUAGGAGGUGGCGGUGGACAGGGUCAUGGAGGUGGUGGUGGAAUUGGAGGUGGAUUUGGAAAAGGUAGCGGAGGCGGAAGUGGUUUCGGAGGUGGCGGCGGUGGCGGCCUUGGAGGAGGUGGUGGUUUUGGGGGUGGUGCUGGUGGUACCGGCGGUGCCAAGCACAAAGGUGGAUAUGGGCGCUAAUUUCAGCGCUACAAUGGGACACAACGGCUGACAAUAUUGUUCAACAAUAUUGAGUAAUACUCAACUUUUAACUCUUCAUAAUAUCAAGUUUUUUCCGGCCAUAAUAAUAUUUUUUUUUAAAUAUAGCAUAAUGUUUCAAAAA